AUGUCUCGAAGGCUGUCCCAGAUCUCUUCUCACCUCUCUGGCAACCCGCGAGGUCCGCCAGCUAUGCAAGCCUUUGGCGCCCCUGGUGGGAGGGGAAGGAGCGCCUCCUCCUCUUCCCACCCGAGCUCAGCCGGCGCUGCUGUAGCAAAACAGGCCGCUACAGCGAGCAGGACUGGAGGUGGGGAAUCGGGGAAGGAGCCGAAAGUACAGCAACUAAGCGAAGGUCCGCUUCGGACCAUCGUCCUCAACCGGCCGAAAGCGCUCAACGCCCUCGACCUUGACAUGGUCACGCUGAUUGGCGAGGCUCUGCACGUAAGUGACCUUGUCUACAUCAUUGCCAAGCGCCACAUGCUGACGAGCAUGGCAUUCCCAGAACCUCUCCAAGACGGAUGCGCCGAUCAUCUUGCUGCGCGGAGUAGGCCGGGGUCUCUGCUCUGGUGGAGACGUCAAGAGCGUCGUCGAAGCUGCGGCUUCGCAGGACCCCAACGUGCGGGCUCAAGCGCUCACAUUCUUCAAAGCCGAGUUCGAGGUCGACUUUGCGAUUGCUACGCUGCAAAAGCGCACCAACAAGACUUUUGUGUCCGUCAUGGACGGCAUCACCAGUGAGUGUGUGCAGGUGGACGAGCUCUGUAUGCGUGUUGACUCAUCGCUCGUCCUUCCACGGGCGCCUUGUAGUGGGAGGCGGAGUUGGUCUCUCGGUUCACGCACCCAUUCGCAUUGCCACGGAAAGCACACGAUUUGCCAUGCCCGAGACUGGCAUUGGGUACUGGCCGGAUGUGGGUGUGACCAGGGUACUUUCUCGACUGGACGGUCGCGUCGGCUACUACCUCGGCACGACUGGCACCCAAAUAUCUGGCGAGGAAGCAUAGUGAGUGGCAUUGUUGAUACGCUGACUGGCCAUCACGCCCUACUGACAAGCUUGAUGCUCGCAGUCUGGCUGGACUGGCGACGCACUUUAUUCCAAAACGCCUCCUAUCUGAAGCACUGGACCGGCUGCGCACUCUCCCCAUCAAUGCCACCACUGAGCAGGUCGCGCGUGCAUUGACAGAGUACACUGUCGAUCCGUUCGCCGCCUCGGACAACGAAAAGGGUCCUCAAAUCUUUGCUGACACGCCCCUGGUCGGCGCCAGACGCGUUGCCCUUGAUCACGUCUUCGGCCUCGAGAAGGCUGAGCAGAUCUUCGCAGCGCUGGAAGAGCUUUCCAGUGGCUCGGACGACACCCAAACGGCGAAACAGCUCAUCGGCCUUGGCGUGACGUCGGUGUCCGGCGCAGUAGCUCAAUGGGCUCAGAAGACGCUCGAGACGUUGCAGUCCAAGUCACCGCGUAGCAUCAAGGUCUCCCUCAAGGCGAUCACUGCCGCCCGCCGUCUAGACAUCGCCGAGGCCUUUCGUUUCGACAUGCGACUCGCUACUGCAUUCUGCGACCUGUCUGCCGGUCGUGAUUUUUACACCGGAGUCACUCACGUCCUGACGAAAGAUCCGAACACGGGCAAACGUCGCGAAGGAAGAGCAGCUUGGGAUCCUUCGGAUCUUGAGAGUGUGAAGGAUGAGCACGUCAAUGACCUCUUUUUUGGAAACGAGGAGCAAGCAAGAAAAGCCGGACUCAAGAUCGACGUGCCUUUCUUGAGCGGGCUGCCACAACCCAAGACUUUCCCAUCUGAGAAGGACCGAGCUGCGUACGAGGCCAAAAUCCGAGGCGUCGGUCCUCUGGCCUGGGAGCCGGCGCACAAUCAGUACGCCCUUCCAUCUGAGGCCGAGGUUGCUGCUCUGAUCCAAGGAGCGCAUCCAGCAGCGGGUGCUACUCAGCUCGAGCCGUCGGAGAUCAUCACUAUUCUGGAGUCAAAGACUGGCGAUAGGCGCGGUGUUGAGAGGAAGGUCAGCGAGUUCUUUGAGCGAGUGCAAGCUAGGGCAGCCGCCGCUCAGCAGUAA